AGUUGACUGUAGCCUCUGUUGCCUAGAUAUUAUUGAGCGGCUGGAAAGAGAAUUCACGCUUUUGGUUUUCUUUCUUAGGUUUAAAUAUUUGGCUUUCUGUUGUGUUUGUUUUUGAAAUCUCACACUGGACAUAUUCAGAUAUCAUUUACUCGGACAGGAAUAUUGGAUGCAUGGCCAUACGGGAAAACUGAAUUUGUGUUCAGCAUGGGCUGGAGGAUUUGAACUCCAUACUACAAGGGCUUCUUCUUCAAGCUCCUGACAGCGAAUGCAGCCUAUUACACAUUGGAUUCAACUUCGAGAAAGUUUAACAUUUUCUCGGAAGCAAUCAAAUUUAGUUUCUACCUAUAUUGUGGGAUGCGCGAAUUGUGCUGGAGAAUAUUUCGAGACUCAAAGAAAGACACCGUCGCGGACGUUUUGAAUUUCUGUUCUGUUGUCAAAUACAAGAAUAUGCUGACUUUAAAUUAAUUUAGCAAAAAAUAAGCAUCUAUAUUUCAUAUCUUAACUAUUUAAUCCCCUUGAAAUCUGCGAAGCCAAAUCAAAAAAUUUUGGUAUAAUGACCUGGAGCUGAAACUGGAUAUAAAGGACUGUCUUUGAACGUGUAGAAGAGCGGUUCGGGUUGUCGGAAUAUGAAGUCAGUUACCGGUCUGUUUGUUGUAAGUGUGUUGCUGUGUUCAACGAUCUUGUCCUGGAGUGCGACUGUCAGCAGCUAUGGAGACAUUUCUAGGCUUGGUUCCCCUGAUUUUAGCGGCAUAAAAAACUUCAGCAUCUUCCUGUUGGACCAUGUGUCUGGGAUGCUCUACCUUGGUGCACGAGAUGCAGUCAUCGCUGUGGAUACUGCUAAUUUAUCAAAGAGGAAGAUGAUUGAGUGGAGUGUUCCAGAAGAAAAGAGGAAAUCUUGUGUUGCUAAGGGGAAAACAGAGGACGAUUGCAGGAACACUACAUCCGUCUGCUGGAGUUUUUGGGUGAUGGACACAUAUAUGCCUGUGGGACUUUCGCCUUUGACCCCCAGUGUACAUUUAUUGUAA